GCGCCGCCGCGAGUCUCCGACCAUGUCAACCUCACUGUCGACCAUGUCUUCCCCUGCGCCGGUUCCAGUUCCAGUCUCGCCGGGGCCCUCUCAGAGAAAACGAGUUUCAAGGGAAUCCAUUGGCAUGUAUGCAGUACAGUGUUGUGAAUGUAGAAAAUGGCGUACGGUUCCAACGAAAGAAGAAUUUGAGACCAUUCGUGAGAACUUCAACGAUGAUCCAUGGUUCUGCACUAAAAGACCUGGCUGCUCAUGUGAAGACCCUGCAGACAUUGAGCAUGAUAGCAGCCGCAUUUGGCUCAUGGACAUGCCCAACAUUCCAAAGCCUCCACCCAAGACUGAGAGGCUAGUGAUUCUGAGACGUGAUCUGGCUAAAACGGAUGUCCACUAUGUCCUGCCAAAUGGGAAGCGUGCGAAGGGCACAGAAGACGUGCAGAAGUUUCUCGACGCAAAUCCAGAGUACAAAGACAGCUUAUCAGUUGAGAGCUUCAAUUUUACACUACCCAGGAUUGUUGAGGAGACUGUUUCGGACAGCUCUGCAUGGAGAACUAAAAGGGCUAAAAGGCGGGGCAGGAAAAAUGCUUCGAGCCGCAAGAACUAA